GUAUGAUAUUAUUCUGUCAAUAUAAAGCUAAAAAAUAAGUGAGUGUUAACAUCAUAGAGAAAAUGCUUUAAAAUAGCAAGAAAGCGUAUAUUUCAUUGCUUUAACCGAUAUUUACGUGAAUAAUUGUUUUUCUUCUUAAUUCAUCUUUAUUAAAAAAAUAGAUAUCGUGUUUCAAAACAUACAUCUUUAAUUAUUCUGAAUACUCUGAUACGCUCUUGAUAAGAUUUAAGUAAAGAUUAUAAACGUCGAACACGACCUUAGUGCCGAAACUUUCCAACCGUGAAAUAUCGCUACUCUUUCAAACUUUCAUCUAGAGAAGCAAUUAUGCAUAGAAAUUUCAUAACCGUACAAUUACGUUACGAAGUUGCGGACAUCUUCCGCUUAUCUAGAUUGCGUCUCUCUCGAAAUAUCUCAAUUCUUCAAGCCACGAAAUCCCACUAUCACGAAACUUCUUCGUUCGUUCUCAGGAAUUGAAUCGCAUCAUUAAGUGUUACAAACCAUAAUUACAGAGCUUAGAUCAUAAUUAUAAAAUACAAAUAUACAAUUAUAUGUAGGAUAUUUUUAAUUUCAGUUAACGAAGCAUUUAAUUAUCAGUGUCCAAGGAUCCUAUUUUCAAGCGAUCACUAAAAAUUUGCACGAAAGAAGAAACGGGACUGCUUGUACGGCAGUUGCAUUUCCGCUGUGGAUCGCCGCGGCCGGAGGACCUUUCUUCUCGUUUCGUCGCGCCAGAAAUCGAUUGCGUAAAAUCGAGACCUACUCGGGCUGGAAUUAAUAGCGGGCUGCUCGCACCGGUGAGCUUUCCACCUACCUAUUCUCGACGAUUUCGAAGAAUCGCGCGAUUUCGUCACUCACUUACGUGCAACACCGCGCUCGGUCGCGGUUGCAUAACUCGGCAAUGAAACGACGAACUAUCUCGACGUUUUGAAAUGGCCUACACAUGCACGUUCGCGGGCGUAACCGGCCGGUUUUUCUCAUAUCCAUCGCAACAAGCGCGCUACGAGUCGCGCGUCCACGCGAAUAUCCACGCCAUGAAGCACGAAUUGUGAACAUCCGCCCAUGGUGCAUAAUAUUCACAUAAAACUUGCGCAACGUUGCGCGGCCACCGUUGUAUAAAAUAGCCGUCCAUGGGAAGAUGCUUUCAGUAGAGUCGACUGGAGCCGUCCCCGACAAGUGAAUUCAUUAUGUUUAACUAUUUGUUCCUCUCUCUAUUGGUAGUCGCCGUUUGCGAGGCGGGUAUAAUAACGAACGUGGAUCACUCGCAUCACGGGGUUUAUCACGGCUAUGGCGCUACCAGUUAUCAAAAUGUGCAGCUUGACAAUCACGAUGCUAUAGUGGUGCCCGCGAAUUACGGAGAUCCUGCGGAGCUUCACGAGACUUUGGGGCACCAUCACGAGCGAAUCAUUCCAAUCGUGGAGUCUCACAAUGACAUAGAACACAUCGUGCCCCAUUCCGGUAAAUCGAAACCUGCAUAUGAAGAAUUUACUGUCGCUGACAUUAAAUCUGACAUACACAAAUCUGACAUACUCGAGCAUUAUUUUGAUCACGACCAUUAUGAAACAUUAUGA